AUUUCCCAAAAAUAUGACAGGUUGUACAUCUCUCUCCCAACGUCUCCACACUCUCCUCAAGCAAAUCCUUCGCACAGCCCAUUCAACCUUCUCAUUGCAUCACCUCCGCACAGCAAAUCCUUCGCAUCACCUCCGUCUCCAACCUCCUCCUCCACAUCAAUUCCUUCUCUCUUGAGUUUCUGCACAGCGGCGGCGGCCGUUCAACCUCCGUCAUCCACCAUCACAGUCCCCGCCGAGCGCGUCCGUGUCUCACUUUCUUCUUUUUCUGUUCAUGCGCCACCUCAUCGCUCCACGUCGAUGUGAGAUUCCGAAUCCCAGUGGUGUGGUUGAUUUGGCCGAUGAUGCGGUUGAUUUGGGCGGCGGUACGGUUGAUUUGGGUGGCGGUGCAGUUGAUGUGACUGUUUCUCUUUUCCAUCCAACCUCCGUCGCUGGAUCUAAGGUUUGAUGAAGUCCAGAGGUAGCCGCUUGGUUUCACAUCUGCCAGGGCGUUGGCCGCUUGGCCGGUUUCAGAUCUGUCGGUGCGGUGGUCGCUUGGUUUCAGAUCUACCGGUGCGGCGACUGCUUGGUCUCAGAUCUGCCGAGGGCAGUGGCAGUGGUUGGGCAGGGGAUGUGCAUCGUGGCGCUUGGUUUGGGGGUUGGGGAUGGGGUGGUGACGGCAGUGGUAAGUCAGGUGGGAUAGAUGGCGGUGAUCGGAAAGUGACGGUGAUGGGCGGAGUUGGGUAGGGCUGCACAAGAAUAACCCGAACCCGCAUAACCCGCCCGACCCAACCCUACCCGACCCUAUUUAAUCGAGUAUUUGAUUUUUAAAAAUAUUCAUGGGUUAAAUAUGAUUGAACCCGCACCUAAUGGGUAGGGUCGCGGAAUUAAAAUCUCCAACCCGAUAGUACCUGACCCGAUCGAAGAAGUUCAUUUUACUAUUAUUAUGCUACAUUAUUUUCUUGGAUAAUUUCAAUUUAAGACCAAUGUGCUCUAUCUAGGACUUUAUGAUACUAGAAUUAUAAUUAAACAUUUACCAUUUUGACUAGGU